CUCUGACCCUCUGGACUUCGCGGUAAAACGUCGAGAUUUCGCUAAGUCAGAAAUGGUGCUUGUAAAUCAACAAGUUCUUAAUAAUAUAGCAGGAAACAGUGGAAAACGCAAGAUAAACAAAGGAAAAAAGGUUAAUGAAGGGUCCUGGUGGGAGGCGAUAGAGAUUAUCGGUGAAAGAAAGAAAGAAUAUAAGGUUUCAUGGGCGGGAAUUGAUCCUAAGACAGGAAGAAGAUAUGAGCCGUGUUGGGUUCUGAAGAGAGAUUGUACGGAGGAAUUAGUGAAUACAUGGGAAAGAAGACAUAAACGAGGAAAGAUAGAAAAAGGGGAUAAUAUGGAGAAAAAAGAGGGGAAUAUAGGAGAUAAAUAUAAGAAGAGGAAAGUAGUGAAGGAAUAUGGGAGAGAAAAAUCAAGUGAAAAAAAAUACAAGAAUAGUGGUAAAAAAGAGGAGAAUAUUAGUAAAAUAGAAGAAAAGAAAGAGGAAAAGUUAGGAAUAGUGGAAUCGGAGAAUGGACGAGAAGUUUUAUUUUCAUCGAUUGUAAAUUCACAAAGUAAUACAUAUUUUGAGUCAUUUGAAUCGUUAGAUUAUACACAAGAAAGAGGAGAAAUAAUAGAAUCAGAUACAUCAGUAUGUGAAAAGUCAGAUAAUGGUAAAAUUUAUAGUGAAAUGGAAAAGACGUAUGAUACGUUGCCUAUAAAGAUAGAAAAUAGGAUACCAAGUAUUAAUUUAAAUAUGGAGUCGAAAUAUGAUACAUUAGAGAUGCCAUUAGAAGAUAUUUCUAUGGGACGUAUUUUUAGUUUUUCAGAAUUUUCGAAAAAGUCGUUAAAUAUAGAAAAAGAUCAAGAUAUAUUAGUUGAGAAUACGGUAUCUUCUAUAUAUCAUAUGGCAAAUGAUAAUAACAUUAAAACAUCAAGUUCUCGAAUGGAUAUAUUUUCUAAACAAGAAUCUAUUGAUAAUAUUUCAAAUGUUUCAUAUGAUAAAUAUAAAAAGGAAGUUAAUGAUAAAGACGAAAAAACAAGUGAAUUAAAAGAGAAAAAUGCGCCAAAAACGCGAAAAAAAAUAAAGAAAAAUCAAUGUAAUAAUGUUUCUAAGAAUUAUAAUCAUCAACAAUUGGAAUCACCAUCACCUUCUGAAAAAGUGUCAACAUGGCUUUCUAAUAAUGAAUCUAUACAACUUGUAAUUCUUAAUGAUUCUCAUGAUCAAACGUAUAUACCUACGACAAAUGCACAAGAAAACCAAUCAAAUAAUAUUGAAUAUAAUUAUCUUGAUUCAUGUAUUUCUAUCGAAUCAGAGUCUCUUUCUAGAGUUGAAAAAGAGAAUAUUUCUAUGAAACCUAGAAUUUAUAACGAAGGGGUAUCAGAAGGAUAUAAUAAUAAUGCGUCUAUUGUAUCAUCAUCUGACGAUUUUAUUGUUUCUCUUAGAUCGGUGCAAAAUAAACCUCAUAUUUAUUUUUUUGGAAUUGAAAUGAACAAAACACAGAGAAAUAUGUAUCUUCAACUGAUAUUGCAAUAUAAUGAUUUAGUUCAGGAGUUUUGUUCAGCAAUUAAUCCCGAUAAAACACUUAUUAAAAAGGCUCAACGAUUUAUAAAUAUAUUAACUAUGCUAACCAUUCAUCCUUAUCUUAUUUUUAAAGACAAAAUUGAAAAAGAAUCUCUUGGAAAGAUCGAAUUGGAAAAUUUAGUGUAUUCUAGUCCCAAAUUUAUAUUUCUUGCAACUUUUUUGGAGAAAUCUAAAAACCUUGAACUUGUAAUAGGAAUUAGUUCUGACAAUGAAAUGUUAUUGGAUCUUAUUGAAAUACUUGUUCAGAAAUUAAAUAUAUUAUACAUAAAAACAAAUCAAUAUUCUGAAAAUAUUAAUAUCAACAAAAAUAUAAAAGUCCUUUUAAUCGCAUAUGGAAAAGGCAAAGGAGGGGAUGUCGAAAUUCAUUCCGAUAUUGUAAUUUGUAUAUAUACAUCAACCCAUAUAUUAUCUAUACGUAAUUUUAAUUAUUCCUUGGAUGAUAAAACAAAGAACCAUAUAAUUCCAAUUACAAUUAAUUCAGUAGAACAUAUUCAAUUAUCUGUUAUGAAGGAUAUUCCUCAGGUUUUAUAUUUUCAAAACGUUGUUAAAAUUACCAUAUUACUUCGUAAAUUUGCUGGCGUAUUACCUAGUAAUCAGUUUUUUAGCAAUGAAUCUUCACAAUUGGUUUAUAAUUGGAUUAAAGGGAAUUAUAAAGAUAAAUGGAUGUUACCAAGAGUAUCAGACUUAAGAGAAUUGGCAAUUACAUUAAGUCAUAAGGACAAUAGAUUAAUAUCAGAAGAGCAACUUAAUUAUUUAAUUGAAUUAGAAGAAAAAAUCUAUCAACACGAUAAUUAUUUAUUUAAAGUUAAUCAGGAAAUGCACGAAACUUUUAACUUGGUUUCUAAAAGUAAUUCAUUUGAUAGUAGUGAUAAAAAGAUUUUGGAAGAUCUUUCUUCUCAGUUUGAAAUAUCACAGUUACGAUCUAACGUUUGUAAUUUUUCUGGUGAUAACCGAUUAAAUUGUUUAACAUUAAGCCCUGAACCUAUUCAAAAAUCUUCUUUAGGCAAUACUAAGGUUUCUGAUGAUAUAAAAACUGGAAAAGAACCUUUAUAUUUGGAAAUAAAUAAUCUAAAAAAUAAUCUUUUUGUUACUCAAAACUUACUAAAAAAUACAGAAAUCGAACUUUCAAGCUUUAAGGUUUCUACUGAUCGUUUACAAAGACGAUAUGAAGAGAUGCAAGAACAAUAUAGAAACUUAAGUUUAGAAUUUAAAAAUAUUGUUAAUAUAAAGAACGAAUUGCAAAAGCGCUUAAAUAAUUUUCAAGAAAACUUUAUACAUACUCAAAAAAAAGUUUCAUCGUCUUCUGAGAUAGAAAAAUUGGGGAAAAGAUCACUUACUUCCGAGAACCAAGAAAAAAUAUCUACAAAUACUUCACUUGUUAUGGAAAAAGAGUAUCUUUCUGAAGAAAAUUCUCGUCUUAAAAAAAUUAUUGAGAAUAAAACUUUUGAUUUUGAAUUUUUGCGUUCACAAUAUCAAGAGGCAUCUUUAUCAGCAUUAAAUUUAGCUAAUGAAGUUAAACAAUUAGAAGCUGAAAAUAUUCUUUUAAAAAAUAAAGCAGAAGGGGAAGCAUUGCGUUUAAAAGAGAUAAUGAUACAAUUAUUGGAGAAAAAAUUGGAUGAAAGAAUUGAGGAAUUAGAAAUUCAAAAUUCUUUAUAUUUAAAACAACUAAAACAAAAAAUGAAUGAUGAAUCGACUAAACAUUCAUAUUCUUAUGAAGAUUAUCAACUAAACAAUAUGUCUCGGAAUACUAAAAUGAUUUCUCGUCAAUGUUUAAUUAGAAAUAUAAAUACUCAAAGUCCAGAAGAUUUAAAUGGUCAUUCAACAUCUGAAAUUGCUAUUAAUAUUAAUGAAUUGUGAUUUUUUGAAAGCAUUAAUAGGAUUUUUUGGUUUUUCAUGCGUUU